AUCAUUUCUCUCUUUUUCAACACCUUCAACUUUCUUUCUUUCUUUGUUUUUUCUCUCUACACGACCAUGCCCGAGGCACCAAAUAACGACAUGGACUACGCCCUCACAAACAAAAAUAAAAACACUCUUCAAUUCAUUGAAGAUGUCACGUCUAACCCGGACCUUGUCCAACAAAGAGUAUUGUCCGAAAUUCUAACACAAAAUGCCAACGUCGAAUACCUUAAGCGCCACGAUCUCGUUGGUCACACGGAUCGUGAAACUUUCAAAAGACUUAUCCCCGUUGUUACGUAUGAAGAUCUUCAUAUUGAUAUUACUCGUAUCGCCAACGGGGAUAAGUCUCCUAUUCUCUCUUCCCGUCCCAUUUCAGAAUUCUUAACAAGUUCGGGGACUUCUGGAGGAGAAAGGAAAUUGAUGCCUACAAUUGAUGAUGAGCUAGGAAGAAGGUCUUUGUUAUAUAGUCUUUUAAUGCCGGUAAUGAACCAAUUUGUACCCGGCUUAGAUAAAGGCAAAGGGAUGUACUUUUUAUUCAUAAAAUCCGAAGCCAAAACACCGGGCGGGUUAGUAGCCCGACCCGUUUUAACAAGUUACUACAAAAGUUCACAUUUUAAAGAAAGACCAUAUGACCCUUAUACCAAUUACACCAGCCCGAAUGAAACCAUUCUUUGCCCGGAUUCAUAUCAAAGCAUGUAUUCCCAGAUGCUUUGUGGUUUGUAUCUUAACAAAGAGGUUCUUCGGGUCGGGGCAGUUUUUGCAUCCGGGUUCAUUCGGGCUAUUCGGUUUUUAGAAAAGCAUUGGAGUCUUUUGAGCCAUGAUAUUCGUACGGGCACUUUGAAUGAGAUUAUCACCGACCCGUCCGUAAGGGAAUCGGUGAUGAAAAUAUUGAAACCCGACCCGAGUCUUGCUGAUUUCAUCGACCUCGAAUGCUCGAGAAAAUCAUGGCAAGGGAUUAUAACAAGAUUAUGGCCAAACACAAAAUAUGUUGAUGUUAUAGUAACGGGGUCCAUGUCACAAUAUAUACCAACUCUUGAUUAUUAUAGUAAUGGGCUUCCCCUUGUGUGCACAAUGUAUGCAUCUUCCGAGUGUUAUUUUGGUGUCAAUUUGAACCCACUUUGUAAACCAAGUGAGGUUGCUUACACUCUUAUUCCCACCAUGGCUUAUUUCGAGUUCCUUCCCGUUCAUCGGAACGAUGGUGUGGCCGCGACAAAAAACGAGAAGGACAAGCAACAACUAGUCGAUCUUGCGGAUGUUAAACUCGGUCAAGAAUACGAGCUUGUUGUCACCACAUAUGCAGGUCUUUAUAGGUAUAGAGUUGGUGAUGUACUAAAAGUUGUUGGAUUCAAAAACAAGGCUCCUCAAUUCAGUUUCAUAUGUCGAAAGAAUGUGGCAUUGAGUAUCGAUUCUGACAAGACCGAUGAAGUAGAGCUACACAAAGCAGUCGAGAAUGCGGUCAACCAUUUGGUGCCAUUCAACGCAACUUUAACCGAGUACACGAGCUAUGCAGACACAACAACGAUCCCCGGUCACUAUGUGAUAUAUUGGGAAGUAACCGAAAAUGGUCUAACCAAAAUUCCAGCUUCGGUUUAUGAGGAUUGUUGUCUUACAAUCGAAGAGUCAUUGAACAGUGUUUAUAGGCAAGGUAGAGCUUCAGAUAAGUCGAUAGGUGCGUUGGAGAUCAAGAUUGUUGAAAAUGGGACGUUUGAUAAGUUGAUGGAUUACGCGAUAAGGUUAGGUGCUUCGAUUAAUCAGUACAAGACUCCAAGGUGCGUUAAGUAUGAGCCGAUUGUGGAGCUGUUGAACUCGAGGAUGGUGUCGAGCUAUUUUAGCCCAAAGUGCCCAAAAUGGUUUCCGGGCCACAAGCAAUGGAACAAUAAUGUUAAUUGAUCGAUUAUGUAUUUAGAUGUAGGCAAUUAAGUGGAAAAAAAGAUGUUUGUUUAGGUCAUUUUAACAUCUUUAAAGCUUAUGCUAUUUAGUGUUUCUUAAUGGCAUUUUCAAGUAGGGUCCUGUGUACAAAAACAAUUUGAAUAUCCAAGGAAUAUAUGUUCAUCAUCAUUUUGCAUA